AUGUCGAACGUGCAUUUGGAGUACUACAAGCUCGUUUUUUCCAUUGUGCGGCAUCCUGCUCUGGCUCUUGAUGUAUCAAUGCUUGAAAAAAUUAUGAUAGCUUGCAUCAUCUUACACAACAUGAUCGUCGAGGAUGAGCGAGAUACAUACGCAAUAUAUUAUGAUCCAAGGUAUGAUGAUCCAAAUGAAUAUGAGCAAGCUGAACCCCCGUCUUCAAGUAGAAGAAACUCUCAAGGCCCAUUUCAAUUUAGCAACAGUAGUAACCGACCAGCUAAUUUGGAGACUUACAUGGCUAAUAGAGCUCGAGUUCAUGAUGAAGUUACCCAUAGAGCCUUGAAGUCAGAUUUAGUGGAACAUUUAUGGCUUAGAUAUGGGGAGUCUUAUAAUAGGCAGUAA